CUAAGAAAUGGUGUGAACGCCGUGUCGAAACUAGCAGAAGUCCACAUUUUCUUGUUCUAUUUGCUGUUAUACCAACCUAUCACAUAUUCACACGCGACCAUGUCUUCCAGGGGAGAAAUGAACCCGGAGUCUGAAGACUUCGAGCAGGGCAGGCCUUCCUUCUACAUUGGCCAACAUGAUUCCACUCGGAAGGAGACACUCACAGAUGCGCAGCAGGACCAGGUGUUGGACAGCGGUUUCAACUUUGUGACAACUCCUGUCACAAACCAGCACUUUCACCAUAGAGUUGCUGGCCUGUAUAAAAGCUAUCUUGAAGAACGGCAAAAAUGGAGCCGAGAUAGGGGACUCUCGGCCAGCCAGAUGACCAACGCCUCCUUGCCACUACCUGUCGUGCCAACUCUGACUAACAAGGAUACCUCUCUCUUUCCCAGCUCUUAUAUGGGCAGCCUUGUCGCAUAUGCGAGUCCCUGGAUCGACCUGUGCUCUUCAGAUCCAGUCAUUGCAAGCAUAUCUCGCCAGGCCUUAAACCUUGAGGUUGCAUAUGCGAACUUUUGCGGCGUCAGAAGCGUUGUGAUUCCGGGCCCAAGACGGGACGACAAUGGAAAGGACAUUGCUCUGUACGCUCGGGCUAUCCAGGAGGCCCUUCUCGUGGCAACCCGUGCCAACAUCAUUAUCCACAUGCCCAUGUACCGGGAGCCUGGUCUGGAAGAGAAGACUGAACUCCUGUCGAGUGUCCUCGGUAGCUCAAACGGAGGCCCUUCGGACUCGAGCAAGGAGGUCGACCUUUUCGGUGCCUGGAAUACCUGGCAUACGAUACGAAGCGUCUGCGAUUACGCCUCACGGCUGUUUGUCGCUCUUCGGAUACCCAGGCGCCUGCCCGAGAGAGACUUACAGGAUCGGUGGUUUGCGGAACCUCUGCACUACCUUAGCUUUGGACCGAAUACCUUUCAGAUGAACCGGACUGGGAAUCCAUGCCUCAGCCCAUCUCAUCAACACAUGGUCAAUGACUAUAUGCGCCUCAAGAAUGCACCAUGGAUGAUCCUCUACGAUGUCGGGCCUGAUGCUGAGACUCUCGCUCAUCUCCCCGACUCGACCUCUCCGCACUCGACAUCUCCAGAAUUUCCAACUCUGGCCGAGGCCAGCCAGGCUCUGAAGGAGAACCGGAGGCCCAACCUACCACCCCUGAAUGCCCAUGCCUCAUACAUGAAAUAUCUUGAACGGCAGCAAGCACCGUUCUCGGCACUUGAAACAGGAACUUUGACAAGCUUCCAGGAUUGGCUUCAAUCGCCACUCCAGCCGCUCUCGGAUAACCUUGAAUCAGCAACGUACGAGAUGUUCGAAGGAGACCCGGUCAAAUACGACCAAUACGAACUCGCCAUCACCGAGGCAAUGGCAGAGUGGAAAGAGUUAAAGAAGCCAACGUCGUCAGUGCCCUACGAGGGGCAUUCUGAUCCAGAGCUAGUGGUCGCUGUUGCUGGAGCUGGCCGUGGACCACUAGUCACACGUGUCCUCCGAGCCGCUGAGCACACCGGAACCCGGAUACAGCUCUGGGCGCUGGAAAAGAACCAGAACGCAUAUGUCUAUCUCCUGCGGCAGAACGAGCGCGAAUGGGGUGACCAGGUAACUGUUGUCAAGACCGACAUGCGAGGCUGGGAAGGGCCCAAAGCUAGGGGACACGAUAAUGUCAUUACCAAGGUGGACAUCUUGGUGACCGAGCUGCUUGGCUCGUUCGGCGACAAUGAGUUGUCCCCGGAAUGUCUGGACGGCAUCCAGCGCCACAUCGCGCGACCGCAUGGUAUCUCGAUCCCCCACUCGUAUACCGCCCAUCUCAGCCCCAUCGCGACGCCGCGCAUCUUCGCCGACCUCAGCGCACGGGUGGCCAAUGACCCCAAUGCAUUCGAGACUCCCUGGGUAGUGCGCCUGUUUGCGAUCGACUUCGUCGCACGCAGCGUGCCGCCCCGCUACCACCGCUUUCAGCAAGCGUGGGAGUUUGCCCAUCCCGUUGAAGUCUCCCGGUCGGACGAUGUCAUAGCAGAACAUGGCAUGGCUGCAAAAUAUUCUCCGGCGGGAGGAAGCAGCAUAUCCGGCGCUGGAGGGGCCAACGAGCACAACGCAAGGCAUUGCCAUCUCACCUUCAUGUGCCCCUCCGGCGGGGUGAUUCACGGUCUUGCCGGCUACUUCGAGUCCGUCCUCUACGCGCCGCAGGUUGAGGGGAAGGAGAAGGUUGAGAUGAGUACUGUGCCGGACCAGAUCGACCGCAAGAGCAAGGACAUGAUCUCCUGGUUCCCCAUCUUCUUUCCUCUCAGGAACCCACUAUACUUCCCCCAGGACACCGAGUUGGAGGUUAGUAUGUGGCGGCAGACGGACGAUACGAGGGUAUGGUAUGAAUGGAUUGUUGAGGCGUUUACCUGGGUCGGACCCAACACGCGGGUCAAGGUUGGGGCUUCAGAACUCCAUAGCAGUCGGCGGGUUGCAUGUUUGAUGUAGCAAGCAAGAUCCAUCCAUUGUUUGGGGGUUUUGGGGGGCAGCCUUUUUCAUAUUUCUCCGCUAUCUGGGAGAUAUCUUUAGAACAGUCAUCUAGCUCCCUCCUCUAUGGCCGUUGCCGUAGUUUCCUAGGACUGCCAGCAUUUCAAGAGCAC